AUGUACGGUGUAGGUCCGCCUUACCGUGAAAUAACGCAGUACACCGUGCCAGCUCCGAUCGUGACCGAUAGAAGCCGGCGACGAUCCACCGGGCGCACCCGCAACGAGCGGCGGUGCGCAAACCUGAUGCCGCAAUUGCAUCCCGACAUGUCGACAAAGAUGUCGAGAAGGCGCUUGGACAUUGCGCUCGAGCAGAGCCUCUCCUGUGACCAAUCACGGCAAGAGUCACGCCCAAUGGCUUGGCUGGACCCUGAGAUGAGCAUCACAACGAGCUACCACCACCAUCCCGCCAUCGAUCAUGACAUCCAGCCCAUCUAUUGA